CGACUGCGCUGUGGCGGCCUGCGCGAGGCGGAAGAUCAUUGCAGACUCACUUGCAGUUGUAAGAACUAGUUCACAGAGAGCCCUGCGCACUCUCCCAGUCCCCUGAAGGCGCAUGACUGUAGUGCAGACUCCUCGAAGACGCUGACUUCGACACCUUCCAUUGACCUUUCCAGAUUUCACCAGUUUUCUGUGCACCCGAGUGUGCGUGGCCGUGUCAUUUCAUGUUCCCACGGUCCUGUGGGAACCCCAUUUUCUUCACAUCCCGGCCAUUCUGACAGGUCCUGGCACGUGGCUGGAAAGACGGGCAGGGAACGUACCCUCAACAAGCUUGUCCUCUGGUGGAAGGCACAGGCUGGGACAAAAGUGCCCUUGGCAUCUGGUGUCCUGCCUCCAUCUGCCCGUGAAGCUGCUGUGGGGCAUUUGUGCCUGCAGGAGUCGGGACAUGCCGUGGUGACAGGAGAAUUCCGAGUUACAGGAACCUACUCCAACAAGCUAAGCAACAGGGAUGCGAAGCCCUAGAACCAGGGGGAAGGUGGGCACCGGACCCCCUGCUGCUCCUCCGUUCCCUCCCCUGCCCCUUCACCUCUUCCUCCCUCUCUGAACAAGGCAUGGCCGCCCUGUCUCUGGGAAGCCUCUGAGGCCAGGCUGGCAGAGUGGACCACUGAAGCACGGGCCAGCGGGAGCCACCUGCUUUCUGCAGCUUGAUCGCCUGGCUCCACUGAAGGGGAGGCCCUCCUGAAGACACAGUUGGCAGGGCCGCUGUGCCCUCAGUGCCCUGGCUGCUUGGAGAGCAUCACUCCUGGACACGGGGGGGCUGGGACCCCAGGACUCUGAGAACGCCCUGCCCUGGUCUCUGUGGCUGCUGAGCCCGCCCUCCGGCCACACCUCCUCAUUAGCAACGAUGCACUGACCCUGGAAGACAGCCAGGAGGAGGGAGAAGGGAGGAAAGGCCACUCAUGGCUGCUUCCAGGCCCCACCCAGGCUCCUAGGCCUGGGAGGUGAGGGAGCUUCUACGGCUCCCAGAGGCCUCUACCCAUUCUCUUCUUGCUUGCCCAGGUGCCAGGAAGCUGCAACUUUGUUAUCUGGGUAAUUAGCUUCAGACCCUGGACUGAGGCUGGCCGGGUCCUGGGCUGCUUCCCACAGGCUGUGCACCCUGACCCCAAGAGGGAGGUGAGGCCCUGCCUGUUCAGCGGCUGAGGUGCCAGGGCUCCUGAGAGGCCGGCUGCUGGCACCAUUCCACGCUGUGUUUGCUGCCUGGGGCCUGCGCCCCUCAGGGCUGCCUGGGCCUGCUCACAGCGUGGGGCCUCCUGACCCAGCCUUGCCAGGGGCAGUGGGCACCAAGCGUUGGGGAGGGGAUGCCCCCGAGGGUGCCAGUCCAGCCAGCUGCCCCGCCCCUCAGGCCCAGCCUGGCCCCUGCACUCCCCCAUCUGGUGCCCCAAGUAGCCCCCCUGGCAGGCAGUCCCUGCCAUGGCCGAGCACCUGGAACUGCUGGCAGAAAUGCCCAUGGUGGGCAGGAUGAGCACGCAGGAGCGAUUGAAGCAUGCCCAGAAGCGACGUGCCCAGCAGGUGAAGAUGUGGGCCCAGGCUGAGAAGGAGGCCCAGGGCAAGAAGGGCCACAGGGAGCGGCUGCGGAAGGAGGCGGCCAGCGACAGGCCACAGAAGCGGGUCCUAUUCCCUCCCAGUGUCACCCUUCUGGAGGCUGCUGCCCGAAAUGACUUGGAGGAAGUCCGCUACUUCCUCGAGAGUGGGGUCAGCCCUGACCUGGCCAAUGAGGACGGCCUGACAGCCCUGCACCAGAGCUGCAUUGAUGACUUCCGGGAGAUGGUGCAGCAGCUCCUGGAGGCUGGGGCCAAGGUCAACGCCCGUGAUAGCGAGUCCUGGACACCCUUGCAUGCUGCGGCCACCUGUGGCCACCUGCAUCUGGUGGAGCUGCUCAUUGCCCGUGGUGCUGAUCUUUUGGCGGUCAACACAGAUGGGAACAUGCCCUAUGACCUGUGUGAGGAUGAACAGACACUGGACUGCCUGGAGACGGCCAUGGCCAACCGAGGCAUCACCCAGGACAGCAUCGAGGGGGCCCGGGCCUUGCCGGAGCUGCACAUGCUGGACGACAUCCGGAGCCUCCUGCAGGCAGGGGCCGACCUUGACGCCCCUCUGGACCACGGGGCCACGCUGCUACACAUUGCCGCUGCCAACGGGUUCAGUGAGGCGGCGGCCCUGCUGCUGGAACACCGGGCCAGCCUGAGCGCCAAGGACCACGACGGCUGGGAGCCGCUGCACGCUGCAGCCUACUGGGGCCAGGUGCACCUGGUGGAGCUGCUCGUGGCACACGGGGCCGACCUGAACGGGAAGUCCCUGAUGGAUGAGACUCCGUUUGACGUGUGCGGGGACGAGGAGGUGCGGGCCAAGCUGUUGGAGCUGAAACACAAGCACGACGCGCUCCUGCGCUCCCAGGGCCGCCAGCGCUCUCUGUUGCACCGCCGCACCUCGAGCGCGGGCAGCCGGGGGAAGGUGGUGCGGCGGGUGAGCCUGACCCAGCGCACCAGCCUGUACCGCAAGGAACACGCCCAGGAGGCCAUCGUGUGGCAACAGCCUCCGCCCGCCAGCCCGGAGCCGCCGGAGGAGGAUGAGGACGGUCUCACUGACGUGGAGCUUGGGCCACCGCCCCCGCAGGAGGAGGAUCCUGAGGUGGCCAGGCCGCACAACGGCAGAGUCGGGGCCCCCUCGGGGCGGCACCUGUAUUCCAAGCGGCUGGACCGGAGUGUCUCCUACCAGCUGAGCGCCCUGGAGAGCACCGCCCACGACGCUCUGGUCCAGGCCAAGGCUCACCACACCCUGGCAGAGCUCAAGCGCCAGCGAGCAGCUGCUAAGCUGCAGCGUUCCCCUCCCGAGGGGCCUGAGGCGCCUGAGUCCGGCCUGCCUGCGGACCCUGAGAACCCGCAGUCCGAGUGUGGCUCCAGCGCUGGCGAAGACCCACCCCUGCUCAAGCUCACAGCUCCCUCCGAGGAGGCCCCCGUGGAGAAGAGGCCGUGCUGCUUGCUUAUGUGAGGG